CGCUGGGAGCCGGGGUUUCAUUGGCGGCCUCCCGCCCCCUCCCCGUCCCGCCUCUCGGCAUGCUGGUGAAGUUUAUCCUCCGCAGAGGAUCAAAACAGCCGGACAGGGGUGGUCGCGACGUUGCCAUAACUAAGAUGGUAUUGAAAUGACACCCGGAAAUAAUAUUGCGUUUUAAAACAUAUGCUUUCUUUACAUGUCGAAAGAACGUGCUUCUGCCGAAGAGCACACCUAUAGACGGCCUUUCUGCUCCAGUCGGUGGGAAGCCAGGCUCGGAGGAGCAGCAAGCCCUGCUGCAGCAGUGGCUGGAGAAGGGAGCUGGGGGGCUUUGCACUAAUGAGAGAGCUUCAGAACCGGACCAAGUGUCAGCCAUUUCGGCUGUGGAGUGGCAAGAAGGCCCAGAGCUACUGAUGACAAGCUUAAGCAACUUGAUUGUCUCACCCCAGUCUGGUGGCCGGGAGGAGGAAGAGCAGCAGCAGCUGCUGCCAGGGGUCCCAACUGAAGGAUCUUCUGAACUACAGGAAUUUGUAGAAACUACCCUGGCAAGCUCACCAACAGAGGAAAGAGAGGAUUUAGAAGUCAAUGCUCCAUGGGCAGCAGUACGGACAGAGGCUGAUCCUCCAGAUGUGGACGCUCCUAUGUCCACAGAAGUGUGGAUUGAAGAUCCUGCUGUGUUAGCCUGGAGUCCUGCCCAGGAGACUGAUGCGGUAUCAGCCGAGGGAGUAAUGUGGCCUUUUGCAGAUGCAGGUCAAUUCCAGCCACUCCCACUAGAGAUACCUUAUCAUGAGAUUCUGUGGAGAGACUGGGAAGAUCUCUCUGCCUGCAUCCCAGAGCUGAACCCAGAGAGUGGGUCUUUAUUUGAAUUCAGAGUAAUGUCUUACAACAUUCUGGCCCAGGACCUGAUUGAGCAGUGCCCUCAUCUUUAUAUGCAUUGCCAUCCAGAUACCCUAAACUGGAGCUAUCGUCUUGCAAAUCUCUUACAGGAGAUCCAGCACUGGGAUCCUGAUAUUCUCUGUCUCCAAGAAGUUCAGGAGAAUCACUUUUGGGAGCAGCUGGAGCCAACACUGAUGAUGAUGGGCUUUACCUGUAUCUACAAGCGGCGGACAGGAAGGAAGACAGAUGGUUGUGCAAUCUGUUACAAGCAGAACAAGUUCCAACUGAUCAGUGCUAGCCCUGUUGAAUACCUCCGGCCUGGCUUGGAUAUCCUCAGCAGGGACAACGUGGGCCUGGUGUUACUGCUACAGCCCUUAUUAACAGAAAGCCAGGGAGACAAGGCAAUCAGCCCUUUGUGUGUGGCAAACACUCACAUAUUGUACAGUCCCCGUCGGGGAGACAUCAAACUGGCCCAGAUGGCUCUGCUCUUGGCAGAGAUUGACAAAACCGCCAAACUGGCUGAUGGCAGUUACUGCCCCGUCAUCUUAUGUGGGGACCUGAACUCUGUGCCUGACUCACCACUGUAUAAGUUCAUCAGGAACGGCCAGUUGUACUAUCACGGGAUGCCAGCCUGGAAGGUGUCUGGACAGGAGGAAUUCUGCCAGAACCCACACCAACGGAAAUUGCUGUUUCCUCUGUGGCCCAGCUGCCUGGGUAUAACAGAUGACUGCCAGUAUAUAACCCUUUGCCAAAGCAAGAAGUCAGACAGACUUAAAUACAGUCGUGACUUCCUGCUUCAGUUCCGUUACUGUGAUACUGCCUGUGAGCGACCUGCAGACUUGAUCCUGUUGGAAGGUGUGACAGAUGCCAUGCCAGACCGUCCUGCAGACUGGCCUAAGGCCCUCACUGUAGAGAACAACUCUGAUCCAGAACUGUUUUGUUCAAGGUAUGCAGGCAGUAUUCACCAUGGCCUCACCCUGACCUCAGCUUACAGCCACUUCCUGCCUGAGAGAGGCUGCCCAGAGAUUACAACCAUGCCAAUGGGAGUGGGGGCCACUGUGGAUUAUAUAUUCUACUCAGCAACGCCAAUCAAGAAUGAUAAGGAAGAAUAUCGCAGGAUGUACCAAGAUGGAGCCCUAAAGCUGCUUGGCCGCCUCUCCCUUCUCUCUGAAGAUAUCCUUUGGUCAGCAAAUGGCUUGCCAAAUCCUUUCUGUUCAUCUGAUCAUCUCUGUCUGCUGGCCAGCUUUGGGCUAGAGAUUUCUGACUUCUAAUCAUGUACGAGAUCUUCAGAACUCUCUUAAGAGUUGGCCUGAAUGGGAAAAUCAUGCCACUGAAGUUUGCAUCAGCGAAUGAGAAGAAAAAAAAAAAGGAUCUUCCCCAUCUUCCCCCCUUCCUUAUUUUUGAGAUGUCCUUGUUCUUUUCUCCCUUUUUUUCAUGAGGAAAUAACGAUUUGGUUUACUCUAGAAUUCUGCAGUCCUAGUCUGAGCUUCACUGCCAUUUUAUGUCUGCCUAUAGUCUGGCUACUGUACCAUCUUAAAGGGCAUCCUGCCAUCAAACUGGCAGCCUUCUCUAUUUGGUCUUAUUCUGUUUGGAAAGUACGCUUAGCCAGCACCCGUUAGCAGGGGGUGUCAUGGAGCACCACAAAAAUCUGAAUGGAGUCUUCAUGUAAUGUGGGCUCCAGGCGUACACAAACACACACACACACCCACACACACCCUUGCUUUGUGCUGCAGGUAGCAAGGGAUCUCUACUGUUUUCUACUGCACUCAAACCAGAGUGAUGGUGGUGGAGUGAUUUCAGCUUUUUGAGAGCUGGUGGUAGUAGUACUAUUGCUGCUGCUGAUCUUGUUUCCAUAGGUAGAUGCUUGUUGAUUGGCAUGUCCCUCUUGUCUAUUUGGAAAGGGAUCUAAUUCAGGUGGUGUCCCCUGACUAUACAGAAGAUUUUCCAUAAAGAUUUCCCUGGCAAUUUAAUUUGUUUGCAUGGCAGCAAAGCUUCUUGAAAGCUUCUCUAAUACCAGAUUAAAAAUUAAUUUUAUUCUUUGUUCUGAGAACCUUGCAUUUUAUUGUUAGGUUCUUCAGGAGGCUUUUUACACUCUGAUUCAUCAGCUUGGGACAUUUUUGCAGCCUCUGGUGGCAACUAGAGUUGCAAAUAAGGACUGCUAAAACUGAUAGAAAAUGACAGAUGCUUUGUGUUGUUUUUUUAAAACCUGGAAGCCACAUUGUUGGGAACUUCAAGUGGGCCUGGCAGUUGCUGCUCAUUUUUAAAAAAAUAUAUUAAUAGAUUGUUAAAGGACUAUAUGAUUCAGAGUAAUGGUUGGUCUGUAAAUAAUUCCCAUUCUCAAUACAUAGAAAACAUAAUUACAGCUGUGUAUAGGCCAUGUGCAACUUUAUGUUGGAAAAAUGCAUUGGGAGCUUUCAGUAUUUUUAAUGUUUUCUUAAAUUUGAAAGAAAAAAUAAAUUUUUAUAAUUUCAGAAAAGUUGUAAAUUUAGUUGGUUGAGUCUGGAGAAAAAGACAACUGAAGCACUUUGAGGGUAUCCGUGAGGCUUCAGGAAUGCCCUCUGGUGGAUGUUGUGGGAUAUGCUUAGAAUGCAUGCUUUGUUUUGUGACAAAGACAGGGCUAGCAAAGAUGAAUACUGGACCUCCCUCAGGAGCUUAUCAGAAUAUAAUAAUGCCUAAUAAUUCAGGUUCUUUCUCUUACAGUAGCAGGCAGAAAGAAAGUUAGGAUCUGCUGAUAAAAUUCUGGGUGAUUACAAAAGUGUUAUUUCUAAUUCAGCUUCUUCAGUUGGAAGAAGUAUUGUUCAUUAUAAUUCUUACUAGCUGCAUUUUGCUGCUGAUUUUGUGCUUUUCUGCUGGUUGAUUUGAAAAGUUUUAGGUUAGAAUUCCAGAUCUGUAAUAAUUUGCAUGUAGAUUUUACUUCAGCACUGACUCAAGCUACAGGAGGUAAUGGUCAACCCCAUCAGUGCCUAACAUGACCACUUCAGGUACUGUAUUUUUUACCUGGCUGUAAUUUUUUUUUAAGGAAAAACGUCAGGUAAACUUACUUUAAUAAAAAUAACCACCUCCCAAACUUGGUUCAAAAUUCUAACUCCAUUGCCUCUGCUAUCUCUGGCAUAUGCUUUCAGCCUUAGGUGUAGCCUCUCUCUGCAAACUGUUAUACUCAUACUGGAGAGUCUUAAAGAGACUUACUGUGCAAUCUUGCACUUACCUGCUUGUGAAUAAGCCCCAUUGUAUUCCAGAUAACUUCUGAGUAGAUGUAUACAAGACGGUGUUGUUAAAGAUCUGAAUCAGAGAUAUCUGCAGGAUUGGAGGCUUUCAUCAACGUAAUUAAUGAAAGCAGCAUCACACUGUAACCCCUGCCUCUUUUGUAUACAUGCACAAUGUCACAAUAUAUGUAUAAAAAGGGACAAGCUUAUGACAUAACACUGCUUUUAUCAGUUAUCCUCCCUUGAUGCUCCCAUCUCCUGCAGACAUUUCUGAUCUGAAUGUAAUCUUGAAAUUUACAAAGAGAAAGUCUCCUUUAAGCUGAGCUUGACUACUGAUGACUUCAUGGUCACAUCCAAGUAGUUAUUGUGGCAACAAAUGUAGAAAUAAUUUGCCACUUGCUUCUUUCUGGAGGCCUCCCAUAUAAAUACUAACCAGUUCAGACUGUUUUAUUUUCUGAGACCAGUCAAAGCAAAUCACUUUCUUUGUUGCCAAGAAAACUACAUGGCAGUGUCCACUUUGUUACCGGAGGCUAAGCUUGACUGGAAGGACUGUUUGUCAUUAAAUGGGAAGGACCCACUUUAGAGUUUAAAACAGCCUUUAGAGGCACAUUCAUAUGUAUACAUAUCUGUUUGCCUUUUCUCAAGACAGUUCAAUAGUAUUUUCUCAAGGCAUUUCCUUAUUUCUAUUUCCACUAACAAAUGCUGUAUUUAUUUUACAUUGCAUACUCACUGUAUGCUACUUAGCAUUAGAUGAAGGAUUUUGUAAUUGGUUUCAUUUGAUAAUUUUAUAUUUGAAAAAAAUUAAAAAUCUAAAACUUUUAAUCAGUUUGUUCUGAGACUUUUCAGAUAGCUUUUUUAGUUUACCUACCAGCAGAAUUUCUCACUUAAUGAGGUUUUCUGAAAGUAGCCUCUGGUCUCUUCAUAGAUAACAUCUAGUUUAGGUCAUACACUACAGAUGAGAUCUACUGCCACUCUAAAGCAGAACUGAUAGAGUAAAAAGCGUUUGAUUUGCAAAGAACGGAUCUCAUUGCCGCUGAUUCUCUCUCAGCUGCCACAUCCAUGUUACUAGGUUUGUAAACGACAUAAAACACUUGCCAAUGAGUGGGGGCCUGUGGUGUUACAGGAACCAUGUCGCCUUAAAUGAAUGUGGAAAAGUUAGAUCAACGUAUCUAGGCCUUUGUCUUAAUUUCAUUAACUUGUUUAAGACUUAAUAUCUUUAAGACUUUUUAAAAUGAGUGUUGGUCCCUUGGAAAAAAAAUCUAUUGUGGGGAGAGGUUUUGUGAAAAAGAAACUUCUUGGAUAUAAUAAUGGAGGAACCAUAAUCUGACAAAUGUCAAUUUGCAAUACAUUUCAGUUGUGGAAAAUUUAAUACAGUAAUGCAUCAAGUCUAUCCUCUCUUCAUAAAGAUCUGUACUAAUCUUGAGUGUAACUGACAUUCUCAAUGCUUAAGUGUUGUCAUUUACAGCAUGCUAGAAAGCUAAUAGGAUGCAUGCCAGUUCUUUACUGGAAAUAAUUCUGUCCUGAAAUACUGUUCUUUCUCUGCUUAAAAACAAUUCAUUGCAGUUUUAGCAGUAUAGAAUAAUCAUUGUAGUACUGAUGGUUGCAGUGGGUAUUACAGAUAUGCACUGUUGCUGAAAAGUCCAGUCCUAGAAGCCAGCUGUAACAAUGCACCCAAACAUACUAUUUUUUUAUUUGGGGAGGAGAAGUCUUAAUCAUUAAUGACAGCAUCAAUAAACAAUUGUUUUAUCACUCGCAAGAUUAAAAAUGUGCAGAAACAAACUUUAUUUUUAAUUCUGAACAAGAAUUAAAUCGGGAUAAGUAAUACAAAACUGAAGAGUACAAGAACUAAAUCUAUGCAGGUUCAAUAUCAGUGGUGUAAGAGCACAGAUCCAUGAGGUGCUACUAGUUCACAGAAGAUACACAAACAUGAUCACCCAUAAAGAAACAAAACUGUACUUUGCUGUCAUAACAACAGACCUGAAAACAAAACAAACCGCUAAAAUGUGAUAAAUA